GAAGAAGUGUAGGAAUAGUCACAGCUUGACAACUGCUCACAACCUGAGAGUGCUGAAAACUCAUGGCGUUGACCACCUCAGCUACAGUGAGCUGUGCCAACUCCUCUUUCAGAAUGAUCCCUAUCUUUUACCGGAAGUCUGCCUACAUUACAACAAAGGAGAUGGACCCUAUGGCUCUUGUUCCUUUCGAAAGCAAUGUAUCAAACUCCAUAUCUGCCAGUACUUUUUACAGGGGGAAUGCAAGUUUGGCACCAGCUGUAAGAGAUCUCAUAGUUUUUCUAAUUCUGAGAACCUGGAAAAGUUGGAGAAGUUGGGUAUGAGCUCGGACCUGGUGAGCAGGCUGCCUUCCAUUUACAGAAAUGCAUAUGACAUCAAGAAUAAGAGCUCUGCCCCCAUCCCAGCGCACCCCACUCCUCUAGGCCCACAGGGGACUUCUGAAAGAAGAGGCAGCUGCUCAGGCCCUGUCUCCCCAAAUACUCCAAGCCAGGAGGAGAAUGAUCAGAUCUGCCUGUACCAUAUCCGAAAAAGUUGUAGCUUUCAAGAUAAGUGCAAUAGAGUUCACUUCCAUUUGCCCUAUCGAUGGCAGUUCUUUGAUGGAGGCAAGUGGAAGGAUUUGGACAAAAUGGAGCUUAUCGAAGAGGCAUACUGCAAUCCCAAAAAACACAGGGUCCUGUGCUCUGAGUUGGGCAGUAGCUUUCACUCAGAUUGUCUGAACUUUGACUCCAUGAUGUUCGGCACUUCCCGGGCUCGCCGCCUCUCCACGGCCUCCUCAGUCACCAAGCCUCCACACUUUAUCCUCACCACUGACUGGGUUUGGUACUGGAUGGACGAGUAUGACUCUUGGCAAGAAUACGGGAAACAAGAUGCAAUGCACCCUACGACCACCAUCAGCAGCGGCGAUGUGGAGAAGGCCUACCUGGUGUGGUGCAUACCUGGGUCUGACGCCUCAGCAGCCAGCCUGAAGUUUGAGGCCGGGAAGCACAAAUAUGAGUUAGACUUCAAAGCCUUUGUUCAGAAAAACCUGGUCUACGGCACAGUCAGAAAGGUGUGCCGCAGACCCAAGUAUGUGUCUCCCCAGGAUGUGAAGACCAAGCAGAUCUGUGGUGUCAAGUUUCAAGGCCCAAAGAGCAUUCCAGACUAUUGGGACCCCUCCGCCCUGCCGGACCCAGGGUUUAAGAAGAUUGCCCUCAGCUCCUCUUCCGCGGAGUAUCAGAAGGUCAGCACCCUCUUCCACCUCACGCUGCCCUACUACCACAUUCAGAAGGUCGAGAGAGUCCAGAACUUGGCCCUUUGGGAAGUCUACCAGUGGCAAAAGGGGCAGAUGCAGAAGCAAAACGGGGGAAAGGAGGUGGAUGAGCGACAACUGUUCCACGGCACCAGCGCCAGCUUCGUGGACGCCAUCUGCCAGCAGAACUUCGACUGGCGGGUCUGCGGCCUUCAUGGCACCUCCUACGGCAAGGGGAGCUACUUCGCACGAGAUGCUGCAUAUUCGCACCACUACAGCAAGUCCGACACGCAGUCCCACACCAUGUUCCUGGCCCGGGUGCUGGUGGGCGAGUUCGUCAGGGGCAGCUCCUCCUUCGUCCGCCCCCCGGCCAAGGUGGGGCAGAGCAACACUUUCUACGACAGCUGUGUGAACAGCAUGUCUGACCCCUCCAUCUUCGUGAUCUUUGAGAAGCACCAGGUGUACCCGGAGUACCUCAUCCAGUACAGCUCCUCUGCCCACCCGCAGGCUGGGACCUCCCUCCUCAUGGCCCUGGGCUCCCUGUUCAGCGGCCGGCAGUGAGUGCUGCUGCCUGGCCAGGGUUUGUGGGCGUCAGACUGAGCUUCCCAGAGGUCGCUGGUUGGGAUUGUUCUUCCUUUACGAAAUACUUUCAAUGAACUGUUCAACGUUGACUUCAUAGUGAAGGUGCAUUCUUAACCUCUUGCCAAUAAUGGUUUUUGCUUUUAAGUCACUUUUGGGCUCGCCAGUGGAAUAACCAGUAGUGAUUGUAGGUGAGCCCAUUUUUGCUUUUUAAUAAUGUUAAAGUUUUAUUUUUUACUCUCUUUUUUGACUUUGCUGCUCGCUGGCACCAGGUACAGUUUCUAGACACAAUUUUAUGGAUUUGUUUUAAAUUUUAAGAAUUUGUCUCUACAGUGGUUCAGUUUUCAGGGUCUUAUGGCUUCUGCCUUCCUUUGGAUCAGAAUGAUACAGUAGCCACUGCGGAGGAGGACCUAGGGCGAGCCAGGCCCCGCGGUCACGCCUUUCUCUGGGGCUCUGGCCCCACUUGGCCUGAGUUCUGGUGUUCACUGGCCCACUUCAUACUGUCAGAGUCACUGAGUCUCCAUCAGUGUCCCCUUGUCCUGGUGGGGGUCAGCUGUCCCUCAGAAGCAUGUCUCCCUGGGCAGGUGACGUGGCUGAGUGGUCCCCCUGAAGACCCUGGCCUUAGCCCAUGUGUAACCCAUUCACUUCUGAGCACACUGGACACCUUCCAGGUGUGGGUUUUAUCAAAUGCUUGUGAGAUUGAGUGCCUGUGCUGCAAUUGUCACCAAAGAGUAUAGAAAUAAAAAAAAAUUUUAUCUGA